AUGGAAGAUCCUUGCUCCUCAACAGGUAAACGGAAAUCACUCGAUUUACGGCAAGGUGGUCAAGUUGAAGAAGAUGAUGAACAACAGCCAUCGCCAUCCGCUCAGCCCCCAGUAAAACGGCGGAGAAUCGGCGACAGCCCCGCCGAUGAGCAUCCGUCAAGUGAUAUUUCCUCGAUCGAGUCAGCGCACUCUUCACCAAAAUCCUCUCCCGAAGAGCCACCCCCGUCUAAUCUCCUCAAGGACUCCAACAAGGUCAUCUGGGUCGACAUUGGGGCUGAUCCGGAGGAAACGUAUUGGUGGCCGGGAUUGAUUUAUGAGAACAAUCUCAAGUCUUAUGUGACCCUAAUGCCAAAUUCGAAGAGCAAAUUAGUAGAUAUCACUCCGAAAUUACUCGACUCGCUCAAAGCUACCAAGCCAUUCAAAGCACAUUCGGUCUUCGACCCAGUCCAACUAAACCCGAUUUUCAAGCAGAAAGAACCGGCAUCAAAGUAUCCGACAAAGAAAAGUCUUGAGAAAGCAUAUGUGAUCGCACGAGAGAAGCAUGUGAUUUACUCCUUUGAAGAAGACGACGACCUACCCGAUGUCUCUGCGUGUAUGAUCCCGCUUUCUCAAGAAUCGAGGGCAGUGCUUGCCCACGUGCUAUCGCCGGAAGACAAAUCAUCCGAGAUUUCAGAGGUAGACGUAGACGACUUGGAUGAAAUGCUGGAUGGACCAGAUCAGGAGCUCGACAUCCCAGGCGAAACAGUCGUCUGCAGAAUGAAUGCAAGGAGCCAAGAAUACUGGCCGGCUCGGGUGAUCAGCUAUAUGGGACUCAAAUCUAACAAGAGGGGCCCUCCCAAACUUUCCAAAAAACCAGCAAAGUCCGAGAAAACUUAUCGCAUUCAAUUCUGUGAUGGUAGUCAAAUCGUUGCCCCCAGAUCGUCCUUCUGGACCAUCGAUCAAGAAGAAUUUUAUCGGGUCAAAAUAGGCCAGGUCAAAACGCGAGAAGUGAAAUUCGAAGAGAUGAUCCCACAGAUUGACAAUCAAUUACACGAGUUGGAUCUGAUCAUCAACGGAAAGUCAAAGGAUCCCAACCUGAUCAUCAAGCACGAGGACUUCUUAACCUCUCUCAAGAACCGGGGGUCAAUUCCCAGAGAUGUGAAGUAUGGUAAAUACAGUGAAGAACUGAUUCACCGAGUCGGAAAUUACUUGAGAGAUAGGUAUCUCGUCAAUCAACUCGAAUCCGAAGAGGCGGCCAAAAUAACGGUAGAUUCGAGGUUUGAAAGAUUGUCAGAGACCGAGAAGAGUCAAUAUAUCUUUGACAUUCUUGUACCCGAACUGAUUUGGCUGAUCACGGUGGCCCAAUAUCUGGAAGAUGGACGAGACAAGUUGAUUGCCGAGUCCGGCUUGACCUGGGAAGAAUUAGAGAAGGAUGCAUCGAAGCAAAUCACGACAGAGAAGAUCUUGGAGGAAGCUAAGAAGUUGGCUGCUCUUGAUAUUCACGAAGUUGAUUUGGUCGAUAAGCCCGCCGACGGCCUUCAUCAUAUCUCAUCUUCCUCCUCAAAAUCAUCCCUUCCAAGUUGUAACAAGAUUUCAACCAGCACUAAACUUCGUCAAACGUAUAAUUCAAGAAAAUAUUAG